AUGGUGCCCGCCUCCGAGAACUAUGUCCAGUCGCGGGCGUCGGCCGGCUUCAACCUCUACUACGCGACGCAAGGAGGGCAAGAGGGCAUCGGCAACGUCGCGCCCGUGACCUCAGCAAAGGAGCUCAUGACGGUGAUGCAAGACGCAGUGCACAAGGGCCUCUCCUUUUCCAUCGUGGCGGGGGGGCACGGCUACGAAGGGCGCGGCCCCACCGCCGCCGGCACCGCCCUGCACACCUUCGAGAUUGUGAUUGACACUUCGCUGAUGAACCGGAUUGGCGAGGAGCAUGUCAACGGGUCCACCUACAUCACGAUGGAGGGCGGCCUCCAACUCGCGACGGCGUACGAGUACCUCUUCAAGAAGCAUAACCUGCUUAUCCCCGGCGGCUCCUGCUGGGCGGUGUGCGCUGGUGGGCAUGUCACCGGCGGCGGCUACGGCAUCUAUUCGGUCGACCACGGCACGACGUGCGACUACCUCGGCGGCGUCCAUUUUGCCUGGGUCGACUCAACCGGCACGGUGCGAGAGACGCACGCUUGGGCCAAUUCGCCCGAGUACGAGCUCCGCCAGUUGCUCUGGGCCUGCCGCGGCGCGAUGGCGGGCAACUUUGGCGUCAUCCUCAAGUACUACUUCGACCUGCCUGCAAUGCAGGGGAAAUUGAACCCUCUUCACAAAUGCGUGGCGCCCAGUGUCUACCACCAGAUCACGACCACGCUGGUGCCCAUCGACUCCGUACACUGCACGCCCAACAUGUACAAAGCGCUGUUCCGCGCCAACUACCAGUGGUUUGAAAGUGGGGGCAAGGCGUUCAGCUUCUUUCGCGCGACGACGAAAGGCAUCACGAUUAACAUCUACUGCUGCUCCGGCCUGCCGCACAUGCUCAACUACAUCCGGCACAUGGUCCGCGCGAUGAUCAAGGUCGAGCUGCAGGCCAUCAAGGGGAUCACGGUUCACCCCCAUGGUAGCGUGCACGCGCCUCCCUGCAACGGGCGGCUGCUUUUCGCCGACAUCGUCCUCCACCCGGCAUGGGACGAUCUCGAGAUCCUACCCUAUUCCUUUUUCGACUUCAUGGAGGCCAACUCGAGUAUGCCUUCGCCCAACUCUUUCUUCAAGAACUCGGGCCAUGUCAUUGGUACGCCUCGCUCGAAAGAGACGUUCGACGCGAGCGGCACGUCGUUGUACGCGCUCGGGUACACCGACACGCAGCUUGAUAUCAUCUUCGACCGCAUCCUGCAGCUCUACACUGCCAAGGACUGCAAGGGCAACCUCCACGUCGCCCCCUCUGCCGCCACCUUGGAUAUCGCCAAGAUCACGGUGUACGACAACGUCACGCGCAAGUCCAAGGAGCUGUACCUUAAGAAGUGGGCGGGCGGACCUAACCCGGAUGCGCGGCCGCAGUCGGGCUUCAUCUCGCAGCACUUCGCGCCAGGCGGGCCAGGCGACGCCAGCGAGGCGGGCAUUGCGUCGCCCGACGUGAAUCAGAGCUUCACCUGGCAGCACGACCCGUAUAACGGCAAGGUCAAGGACUACGCCUCCAACGAGACGUCGCCGGUCCCGAUCGCCGGUCCCGGUCCCAACGACUCUGGCCCCUGGCCCCUGCCCGCCACCUCGAUCGCGAACCGCAACGCGGUGAUGAAGGUGCAGCCGCAACUCUACUGGUCUUAUGAGAAGGACUCGCCCUAUUUCCACAUGUGGUUCGACUCCUUCACCGCGGAGGUCUUUUCGAAUUCUUCUGCGCCCAACCCGGAGUGUCCGCAGAUCCAGGGCGGGUAUAUCAACUACCCCGACACCUUCUUCAUGAAGCACUACUCGGCGGACGGCAACGUGUCGCUGAACCGCGCGGGCCCGGACGCUUGGCCGCACCUGAUGUAUGGCAACGGCAACGGCGAGGCCUCUGUCAACCCGAGCGAGCGCGAGCACGGCAUGCCAGCCGACUUCCUCACACCGUUAGUCGAGGUCAAGGGCAUGUUCGACUCGAAGGGCUGCUUUGACCUCUACUCGCGUGCAGUGACGGCGAUCCCACCCGAUGGGAACGGGACCCAGUCGCCGCAGACGGCACCAAGGCCAAACGGGAUCCGGACGCCGCAGACUGCCAACAAGGCCAUCGGCCUGCCGACGCCCGAGGAGUUUGGCAUCAACGUCGAGCCGUACGACAAGGGCGGCCUUGUCGACAAGGCGCGCCUGCAGGCGGUCGAGGCGGGAGGCGCCGGCGGCGGAUGCAACUGCACGAUCAGCUGA